AUCUUAAAUUAAUUUUUUUCAGAAUAUAAUAAAUUUUAAAUUAUUGAAAAACAUAAUUAUUGGUCCUUAUGUCAACUAAAAUGGCAUUCUUCAAAUACCAGAAAAGGUUAUGGUUAAAUGAUCUUUACAUUUUACAAAAAGUUUUCAUCAUCUUGUUGAUUUUUUUUGCGUGUACAAUUAGCAUGCAAAAUGUGAGCAGUAAAUACUCCACCGGUAAAUGGUGGCAUCAUACUCAUUCGGUUGCUUUGACCAAUAAAAAGAUUACGUCUAUCAAAUCAGUCAUAUUCGGCAUUGUAGAAAGUACCUUUGCUAAAGAUCACGGCGCUGCUAUGCUACUAGUAGACGCGAAAAGACCCGUAUUAGGAAUAAAAUUUGGCGUGUCGUCCAACCGCCGAAAAGAGAGUGUAGUUACUCCAAAAUCUUUCAUAGCUUCAUCUGCAUCAGCUCAGAUAUCUCAAAUUACGGUCUCGGCAUUUAAUGAAAGCGGUCUGUGUGACGAAAAGUUCUUAAAGGUAAGAACUACCAGGGAUGCAAAAGUUACCAAAUAUAACAAUCAGGAUAUCAACUUUCCCAAAACUACAGAAGUUAUUUCAGAAUAUCAUCAUACGGCGUAUCCAGGAAACACAUGGUUUGCGUUAGAAAACCAAACAGCGCUAAACACGACAACUGAUCUUCCUCCUAAAAAAUUCAUUCUACAUCAGAGGAAUUCGUCAAUUAAAAAAAAGGAUAAAAUAAAGGCAGCCGAUAGUUUGUCAAUAUAUCUACCGGGUGAUAUUAUACUUGGUGGUUUAUUUCCUGUACAUGAAAAAGGCGAAAACAGUCCUUGUGGUGCAAAAGUAUACAACCGUGGAGUUCAACGUCUGGAGGCAAUGCUAUACGCUGUUGACCGUAUUAACCAUGAUCAAAACAUACUCCCAAAUAUAACGUUAGGUGUUCAUAUCCUGGACACAUGUUCACGAGAAACAUACGCUUUAAAUCAGUCAUUGCAAUUUGUGCGAGCAUCUCUUAAUCAAAACUUGGAUACGUCUGCUUUUGAGUGUCCUAAUAGCGAAAAACCACGUCUUAAGAAGGACGUCUCCGCUGGACCGGUAUUCGGUGUUAUUGGCGGAUCUUACAGUUCAGUAUCUUUGCAAGUUGCAAAUCUGUUGAGGCUCUUCCACAUACCACAAAUAUCUCCAGCUUCUACAGCCAAAACACUCUCGGAUAAAACGCGUUUUGAUCUUUUCGCACGUACGGUACCACCCGACACUUUUCAAUCAGAAACAUUGGUAGAUAUAGUUAAAGCACUGAAUUGGACUUACGUUUCCACUAUACAUUCGGAAGGCUCAUACGGCGAGUAUGGUAUAGAAGCUUUUCAUCGUGAAGCCCUAGACCGGCAAGUUUGCAUUGCAAUUGCUGUGAAAGUUCCAAGCAAUGCAGAUGAGAAAACCUUUGAUAGUAUAAUACAGAAAUUGUUAAGCAAAAGCACAGCCCGAGGGGUUAUAUUAUUCACAAGAGCUGAAGAUGCCCGACGAAUACUAUUAGCAGCGAAACGUGCCAAAUUGUCACAACCAUUUCACUGGGUGGCUAGUGAUGGCUGGGGUAAGCAAACGAGAUUACUCGAUGGACUUGAAGAUAUUGCUGAAGGUUCCAUAACGGUCGAACUACAAUCUGAAUAUAUCGGAGAUUUCGACCGUUAUAUGAAAGAGCUAACUCCGGAAACAAACACGCGGAACCCAUGGUUUAAUGAGUAUUGGCAAGCCACUUUCAACUGCAUUUUAGCAGAGGAUUUAGCAAAUAAACAUGGAAAGAAGCGGUGCAACAAAAGAGACCGCCUAUCAGAGAAAGUUGGGUACCAACAAGAAUCAAAAAUUCAGUUUGUAAUUGAUGCUGCAUAUGCCUUUGCAUAUGCUUUGGAUAAUUUACGAAAGGACGUCUGUGCUUCUACAUCUUAUCAAAACGUCCAAAAUGCAGCGCAUCUUCAACAUGGCCCUUCUUCUACCGGUUGGCUCCGUAAAACUAUCAACAGUGAUUCUUUUUCAUGUCAUGCUAUGGAAGUGUACGACGGCAAAGAUUUUUACAACAAUUACUUAUUGAAUACAUCAUUUAUAGAUCUAGCUGGCAGUCAAGUAAAGUUUGACCGUCGGGGCGAUGGACUUGCUAGAUAUGAUGUACUUAACUAUCAACGGCUUGCACCGAAUUCCUCCAGUUAUUAUUAUAAAAUAGUAGGCCGAUGGUUUAAUUCUCUAGAACUCAAUCUAAAUCAAGUAGUAUGGAAUGGAAAUGUGAAGCAACCUGCAUCGGCCUGUUCAUUGCCUUGUGGUGUUGGUAUGAUCAAGAAACAACAGGGUGAUACAUGCUGUUGGGUGUGUGACAAAUGUGAAUCCUAUGAAUAUGUUCAUGAUGAGUUCACAUGCUUGGAUUGUGGCCCUGGUUAUUGGCCGUAUAGGAACAAAACUUCCUGUUAUGCUUUACCAAUUGAAUAUUUACGAUGGAGCUCUCUCUUUGGUCUUGUACCAAUGAUUAUAGCGAUUUUUGGCAUAUGCAUGACGUUAACUGUAAUAACAUUGUUUAUACAGAAUAAUGAUACCCCACUAGUACGUGCAUCCAGCAGAGAACUUAGCUACAUGUUGUUAGUUGGUAUUUUGGUUUGCUAUAGCAACACUUUCGUGUUGAUCGCUAAGCCUACGAUUUAUUCGUGCGUCUUACAACGCUUUGGUGUUGGUGUAGGGUUUUCCAUAAUUUACAGUGCGCUUCUAACAAAAACAAACCGUAUCGCCCGAAUAUUUCAUUCAGCCUCUAAAUCAGCGAUACGUUUGCGCUUUAUUAGUCCGAAGACGCAAGUCGUAAUUACGACCUCUUUAAUUGGUGUACAAAUCUUAAUUACACUUAUUUGGAUGAUGGUGGAGGCACCCGGUACUCGCUUUUACUAUUUGGACCGUACCAUGGUAAUAUUGAAAUGUAAAAUGCAGGAUAACUCGUUUCUGAUUUCACAAAUAUACAAUAUGAUACUUAUCACGGUCUGCACCUUGUAUGCUAUUAAAACAAGGAAAAUUCCAGAGAAUUUCAAUGAAAGCAAAUUCAUUGGAUUUACCAUGUACACAACUUGUAUUAUUUGGUUAGCGUUCGUUCCUAUUUAUUUUGGAACUGGCAAUUCAUAUGAGAUUCAGAUAACAACACUUUCGGUUGCGAUUAGCUUAAGUGCAUCUGUUGCCCUUGUUUGUUUGUAUACACCUAAAGUAUACAUAUUAGUAUUUCAUCCGGAUAAAAACGUACGGAAGCUUACCAUGAACAAUCACGCUUAUAAUCGGGCACCCGUGGCAAAUGUUCGCACCAGCGCCGAGAGUGCAUGCUGGAAAGUAUCCUCAGUUGCUACUGAUUAUCAAACCAGUACUUUGAAAAAUACAUCUAUAAAUCCUCUAAGUACUGUCACCGAUGGGGAAAAUGAUAGAGCCCCUACGGACAUAACUACUGUGGAGACGACAUAUUUUAACGAGUGUAUUACAUCUACAGACAAAUAUGGCAUCAAUCGAGAUAAAAAUAACUCUCAAACAAGUGUGACGUUUAAUUUUAACAUUGUAGGUGCCACAUACCCCUUAAAAGCUUCUGGUACUGCAUGGUGUUGCAAUAACUUCGAUCAAAGAUCAAGUAGCCAAGGGGUAUGGAAUGGUUUAAAAGCCGAAAAAUCAAAUAAUGUGGGCACCAAUUGUUUCCCCGAACAGACAAGGCUUCAUGACCAGCCGGCCAAACUGAACAGCAAUAAUCUUCCGACUGCAGCACACAUUGCUUCUACCUUAUCUUCCAGAUUCUCUCAAGUGGAAGGUGAUCAUAAAGUAUUUCAAAAAGCAGGAGAUGGAACCAAGGAGGACCAUCUCAAUAGGCAUAAUAAUGAAUUUUGUCCAAAAUUUCCUUCGGGUUCAAAAAACACAAACGAAAACUGCUAUGAGCCUACUUGCUCCUGCCAUGUACUAUUACAGUCUAGCAAAAUCGCCGCUUUUAGUGAUAAAUCCGAAACAGAAUCUGAACCGGAUUCAUAAACAUAUGAAAUCUUAGGUAUCCACAACUGUGAAAUAGUAUUGAUAAGAUUGAAUAAUUCCUUAAAGUUUUUCUCUUUGAAGAAAACUUUGGACACAUUUCCGCAGCAGUUUGACUUUGGUCUGAUAUGUUAUGAAAAACCCUAACAGUAGAUUAGAUUACUCGAGAAACGCUAACAUCCAUGUUUUUCAGUAAUGUCUGGCAGUGUCUAUUGAAGUAUGGAC